AUGGAUUCUGCUAGUGGUGGUUGUGAUGAAGGUUAUUCCACAGACAUUGGUGUAGAAGUCAGUGCUUGUGAUAUUGAAAUAUCACCUGGUAUGACUAAGCAGAGCACAACUCGAAAGGGUAGAGAUGGUGGUAUUGUGUUGAAGCAUAUUGUAUGUAGUCGUGAGGGGUUCAAGCAUAGACAUCGUAGUGAUGCGAAGAGGCGUAGGGUGUCAAGUAGGGUUGGGUGUAAGGCUAAGGUGGUUUUUAAAUUCAUACCUAAAGGUUGUUAUUCUGUGCAUUUUUUUGAGGAACGGCAUACCCAUUCGAUGUGUUCAUCUAUUGCUAAGCAGUUUUUAAAGGUCAAUCGCAAUCUUGAUGUUGGCCAUCAAAUUUUUGUUGCAAGUUGUGUUCGGGCAAACAUUGGCCCUACUCGGUCGUAUAGGUUAUUUAAGGAGAUUGUUGGUGAUUAUUCUAAUGUGGGGGCUACAAGUGUGGACUUUCAAAAUUUCAAACGUGAUUUAAUGGCGUACAUUUUGAAUGGUGAUGCUCAAUUGUUCAUAGAUACGCUAUUUAAAAGGCGUGAAUUGUGCGAAGCAUUUGGGUUUGAAUAUGAUGUUGAUGAGGUUGACCAGCUCUCAAGGGUGUUCUUGGCGGACGCAGUAUCAAGGAAGAACUUUUCUUUGUUUGGUGAUGUUGUUUCGUUUGAUGCUACAUAUCGUACUAACAGGUAUAAUCUGGUUUUUGUCCCAUUUACUGGCAUUGAUAAUCAUAAGAGAUGCAUCACCUUUGGUGCUGGGCUACUUACGAAGGAAGACAUAGACUCAUACGUGUGGCUUUUGGAGAGUUUUAAGAAAAUUAUGGGUCAUGAUCCUAUUUCCGUUGUUACAGAUCAAGAUCCAGCUGUGAAGGUUGUCGUUGCUCAAGUGUUUGGUGCGUCAAAAAACAUAUUUUGUAUGUGGCAUAUAAUGUGUAAGGUGGGAGAGAAGGUUGGACCAGUUUUGUCUAAAGACGAGGUGUUUAGGAGGAAGUUGAAUUGCAUCGUUUGGGAUAAUUCAAUUGAUCCCGAGGCCUUUGAGUUGCGAUGGAAUCAGAUUAUGGAGGAAUAUGGGUUGGGUGAUAAUGGUUGGUUUUGUUACUUGUUUGAGUCCCGUACAUUUUGGGCAUCUCCAUACUUUCAUGAUGAGUUUAUGGCGGGUUUGGUUAGGACCACAUCUAGAUCGGAGUCUCAAAACAGUUUCUUUGGUAGCUUCUCUAAUGGACAUUCUAGCUUGGUUGAAUUUUUGGUGCAUUAUGAUAGUGCUAUUGGUGCACAGCGGCAUGCCCAAGCAAAACUAAAUGCUGAUUGUGAAGCUUGUUUUCCCGUGUUGAAGACACCAUUGGCGUUGGAGCGGCAUGCCAUGGGUUUUUACAGAAUUUCUGUGUUUUAUGAUGUUCAAGAGGAGAUUUGUACAGCUUGUUUUUCUUGUCAAGUGGUAUCUUUGAGUGAUUCUGAUGGCAGCGUGUCUUACAUGAUAAAAGAUGAUCGUGGUCUUGAGAGUAUUCCUUCUAGGUAUUUGGUGCAUCGGUGGACAAAGGGUGCAUGUUUGCACCCAAUAUUUGAUAUUGAUGGUAUAGUUGUUGAUCAAUCUGCGAAAAUACGAAGCGUUAUUAAUGAUCAAAGGAAAUUAUUUCUUCAAGAUGGGAGUGAUAAUGGCAGUAGCGUGGCUGUUGGUAGCAAGCAAAGUGUGAUUAAUUCGUUUUGUGGGUCUAUGUCCAAGGCCUCUUCAGUGGAAGUGCACGACCCUGUCAAAGCUAAGAACAAGGGUAGUGGUAAGCGAUUGAAGAGUGUAAGGGAGAGAGCUGCAAGCAAGUGUGCAAAGCAAUCAAGGAGAUGCCACACUUGUGAUGAAUAUGGCCAUAACAGUAGGACAUGUCCUUUAAAUAAUUGA